CCGCUCCGGCCGCGGUGUCACGGACCUCCCCGGUCAAGGUCCCUCCGUGCUGCCCGCCGGCGCCUCUGGCAAGAGCCCCGUUUCGAAAGGCCGAGCAGAUAACGGCGGCUCCGGCUGCCGGCGCGUCCUUGUGGGGCUAAAUCCCACCCCAGGCAUGCUCCUGCCGCCGCGGUAGGGAUGCCAAGGACAUGGUGCAGAGUGAAGAGCACAGAUAAAGAACCUCCCACCAUUCCACUGCCUGUUCCACCUGCCCGGAGGACUUCAUGCAGCAGGACGCAGGCUGAUGCCCUCAGCACCCCCUGCCAUGGAUGGGGGGAAGAACUACCCACUGCACGAGCACCAGCAGCUGGGGCACAGGCUCCUCAGCACCCCCGGCCUCCCCCCCCAGCUUGCCAUGGAGACCUCCAUGCUGGCCGCCGAGUCGUUGAGUAGCUGCUACCCUGCCUCCUUCCCAGCCUCAUCCUUCCCCAGUGAAAACCAGCAAUAUUUUAAUUCCCAUCAUGAUUUUUAUAUGAAUUCCAUCAGCAGACCCCAAUUCUUGGAUACAAACUAUGCAUCUGUGGACCCCACGGACUUCUUACCAAAAAAUGGUGACUUUCCUCAGGAUUCUUCAUACCUCAAUGAGCUCUCCAACAACAACUCCCUCUUCUCGUCCCCUGCGGAUUCCCUCUCCGACAUUGCGGAUCCGAAGGACUUCUUGCCUGCCGACAGUCUGAACCAUGUGCCAACACUAUGGGAUGUAAACACGCCGCAGCAGAACCAAAUAGAGCUGUUCUCACCCAGCAGAUCGUUCAGUGGCUUGAACAGUUCGAAUGACCAUGUUCCUGCUGGUCCCAACACCCCGCUCCUCGUAAGCUACCAGUCUCAGGCUCCUGCGGAGGAGGAGGAUGAAGGUGAGGAAGAAGAAACAGAAGAGUUGGGGCAAACGGAGACCUAUGCAGAAUAUGUUCCUUCCAAGUCCAAGAUUGGGAAGCACCACCCUGACCUGGUGGUAGAGACGAGCACUCUGUCCAGUGUCCCUCCUCCUGACAUCACCUACAGCCUCUCCCUGCCACGCUCUGUUGCUGACAAAGGGUCGCUCUCUGCACUACAGCUGGAAGCCAUCAUUUAUGCCUGCCAGCAACAUGAAGUUUUAUUACCCAACGGGCAGCGAGCUGGGUUCCUCAUCGGGGACGGGGCUGGAGUUGGGAAGGGCCGGACAGUUGCAGGCAUCAUCUUUGAAAAUUAUCUUAGAGGGAGGAAGAAAGCUCUGUGGUUCAGCGUCUCCAAUGAUCUCAAGUAUGAUGCCGAGAGAGACCUGAAGGACAUUGAAGCCUCCCACAUUCCUGUGCAUGCUUUGAAUAAGAUUAAAUAUGGUGACACAGCUACCUCAGAGGGAGUCCUCUUUGCCACUUACUCGGCGCUGAUUGGCGAAAGUCAGGCGGGCGGACAGCACAGGACACGCUUAAAGCAGAUCUUGGACUGGUGCAGGGAAAACUUUGAUGGAGUCAUUGUGUUUGAUGAAUGCCACAAAGCCAAAAACGCCAGCUCGACUAAAAUGGGCAAAGCCGUGCUGGACCUUCAGAACAAGCUGCCUCAAGCCAGGGUUGUUUAUGCCAGUGCCACAGGUGCCUCUGAGCCAAAAAACAUGAUUUACAUGAGCCGCCUGGGGAUCUGGGGGAAGGGCACCCCUUUCAGAGCAUUUGAUGAGUUCCUGCAUGCAAUUGAAAAGAGGGGAGUUGGUGCAAUGGAGAUCGUGGCCAUGGAUAUGAAGGUCAGUGGAAUGUACAUUGCCAGGCAGCUCAGUUUCACUGGAGUGACCUUCAGAAUCGAGGAGAUCCCGCUGGAUCAGCAGUACAAGAUUGUCUACGACAAGGCAGCGAAGUUGUGGGCAGAGGCCUUGAUGGUGUUCCAGCACGCAGCCGACUGCAUCGGCCUGGAGUCUCGGAAGUCCCUGUGGGGUCAGUUCUGGUCAGCUCACCAGCGCUUCUUCAAGUAUCUCUGCAUUGCUGCUAAAGUCCGGCGGCUCGUGGAGCUGGCCAAGGAGGAGCUGGCCAAGGACAAGUGUAUUGUCAUCGGGCUGCAGUCCACUGGGGAGGCUCGCACCAGAGAGGUCCUGGAUGAGAACGAUGGGCAUCUGAAUUGCUUUGUCUCUGCUGCAGAAGGCGUCUUUCUAUCACUAAUUCAGAAGCACUUUCCUUCAACCAAAAGAAAGAGAGAAAAAGGAACUGGCAUUAAAAGAAAACGGAAGCAGAGGGGCCGCUGUGCCAAGGCUCUGAAGGGCAUGUGUGACCUCACGGGUGUCAUCAAGAUCAGCGACGACAGCAGCACCGACUCCGACAUGGGGCUCGACAGCGACUUCAACUCCUCCCCGGAGUCCGUGUUUGAGACGGACGAUGUCAUCUUCGUGGAGCACACGUUCAAUGGCUUCGCAGCAGAGGACAGAAGUAAUUUCCCCAUCCUGCCUUCCCAGAGAGAGCCGCACGGCCUGAGAGAACUCGAGCACGUGGAAAAGAUGAAGCAGGACCUCCUAGCAAAAGUAAAAGCACUGGGCAAAGAGCUACCUCUCAAUACCUUGGAUGAACUGAUCAAUCACUUUGGGGGCCCGGAGCAUGUGGCUGAGAUGACGGGGCGGAAGGGCCGCGUGGUUUGCAGACCGGAUGGCUCCGUCGUGUUCGAGUCCCGUGCGGAACAAGGCCUCUCCAUAGACCACGUCAACCUGAAGGAGAAGGAGCGAUUUAUGAAAGGGGAGAAGCUUGUAGCAAUAAUCUCCGAGGCCUCCAGCUCAGGGAUCUCUCUCCAAGCAGACAGACGGGUGAAGAACCAGAAGCGCCGCGUCCACAUGACGCUGGAGCUGCCCUGGAGCGCGGACCGGGCCAUACAGCAGUUUGGUCGAACGCACCGAUCGAACCAGGUUUCUGCUCCAGAGUAUGUCUUCCUUAUCUCUGAGCUCGCAGGGGAGAGGAGGUUUGCGUCCAUCGUGGCCAAACGGCUGGAGAGCCUAGGUGCCUUAACUCAUGGGGACCGACGGGCCACUGAGUCCCGGGACCUCAGCAAGUACAACUUCGAGAACAAGUAUGGGGCUAAAGCACUGGACAGGGUCCUGUCCACCAUCCUCAGCCACACGGAGAACAGGGUUCCUGUGCCCAAAUGCUACAACCGAGGGGAGGCUGCCUUCUUCCACGAAAUGAAGCAAGGUCUCAUCUCUGUGGGGAUCUGCUGCAAUCAGUUGAAGUAUGGCACGGUCGCAGUGGAGAAGGACUGCUCCAUCACCAAGUUCCUGAACCGCAUCCUGGGGCUGGAGGUGGACAAGCAGAACAUGCUCUUCCAAUAUUUUUCUGACACCUUUGACUAUCUGAUUGAAAAGGACAAGAAGGAGGGCAAAUACGACAUGGGCAUCCUAGAUUUAGCUCCAGGAGUGGAUGAGAUCUACGAGGAGAGCAAGGAGGUCUUCCUGACCCCUGGGCACCCGCAGGACGGGCAGGUUGUGUUUUACAAGAUCAGUGUCGACAGAGGCUUAAAGUGGGAGGAAGCUUAUGAGAAGUCACUCAAACUGACAGGAUCCUUCGAUGGGUUCUACCUCUCCUACAAGAUACGGGGCUGCAAACAAACCUGCCUGCUGGCAGAGCAGAGCCGCGGGAAGAACUUCAUCCUCUACAAGCCAAACAUUGGGAAGCAAAGGCAGGCGGAGAGCCUGGACAGCCUGCAGAAGAAGUACCGGCGGGUGCUGCCCGAGGAGGCCAAGGAGCACUGGGAGAGCAGUUACCACUUCUCCUUGAAGAAGUGCAACCAUGCUGCCUGGAACAGGAGCUGCAAGCUGAUCCAGGAGGGGAAGGAAUGCUUCCAGGGCAUGCGCCUGCGCCACUACUACAUGCUGUGCGGGGCCCUGCUGCGGGUCUGGAGCAGGAUCGCCAGCAUCAUGGCAGACAUCACCAACAGCAGCUACCUGCAGAUCGUGCGCCUCAAGACCAAGGAGAAGAAGAAACAAGUUGGGAUAAAGAUCCCCGAGAGCUGUGUCCGCAAGGUGCUGGAGGAGCUGAAGCAGAUGGAUGAGAACGUGAAGCGAAAGCACAGCCGGCUCCUCCAGGCCCAGGAGCAGAGCCCACAGUUCUCCAUCCCACCGCACAUCCUGGCACAGACUCUGGACCUCACGCAGACAGGGCCUGGGGUCCCCUUGCCCAGGCACUCCCUGCGCCAGGAUGAGAUCCUGGACUUGACCUACAGCCCUCCCAGCAACAGCAUUCCUGACUUGGUGAUGAACCCAGAGCCUGGUGCCUUGGGCUACCCCUCGGAGCCCAUUCUCCAGCCACACCAGCAGUCACCACACUUCAGCUUCAGUCGUCCUCCUCCUGCCUUCGAGAGCCCGGCCACUGUCCUGGAGGGGAACGUGCCUCUGAGCUCCCCCCUGCACGAACACCUUCCUCUGCAUCACCCAGGGCCCCUGCAGACACUGCAGCAGCAGCAGCAGGAAGAUUUUGUCCAACAGGAUGGGAAUAUCAAUUUCAGAGAGAUCCUGGAGGACAUGCUAAGGACGUUCAAUGGGGCCCCCCAGGAGAACAUGCUCCCCCAGGAGCGCCAGAGCGUGAUCCAGUUCAGCGGGCCUUUCCCAGACUUCUGAAAGCCAGCGGGAAUGCCGGGCCACACUCGGCCGCUGUGGAUCCGUAUCCUUUGGUGCAGAGGUGAGAGCUGGGGAGCCCCGGCUUUGCUACUGGUUUGGACUUGACCUUUUUCUGGUUUGGAGGGAAGAAAAAGAACUCUAUAUAGUUCCUUAAAGCAAAGUUUAUUUAUCUGUAACGCGCGGUCGGGCAUGUCCAGGUUUGUGUAUAACGUGCCGGGGGGAGCCAGUGCUGCCUCCUUCAGCUGCUCUGGACUGAUGGUCUCUGCUGUGUUCGAGUCCUGCUCAAAGGUCAGUGCUGAGGAGAGGUGUCCCCUCCUCUGUCCCCCUGCAGACUACUGAGUUUCCGACCUGGGUCCUGCCUUCCCCAGCCCUCCAGCCCAGAGCUCUGCGGCUGCUGCCCCUCAGCUCCGCUCCUCUGGGUCCAAACCGACCCGGGGCUGGUCCAUUGCUGAAGGGUGAGAGCCCAGAGCCCCGGCUGACCAAACUGUACCUGCCUUGGCUGCUGCCAGCUUCCCUCUUGAGGCUGCUCUGGAGGGCUGGGUCUGAAGGCAGGGCUGCAGAAGGGAAUGCUGUCCCCAAGGAGUCAGGAGCUGCUGAGCUCAAGCAUCCCUGUGUGCAGGGCUGAGCAGGAGUAUCUGAGAGCAGCAACACUGACUGUGCUGCUCUGUCCUUCCUGGGAAGGGCACCUUGGGCUGCUCAGGCUCCAGGGGACAGGGUAGGAGCUGCUGCACCCUUGUCAGGGCUCGGCCUCCCUGGGGACAUUCCCUGGAGCAGAAGGGUUCCAUCGGCCUGUCCUGCAUUGAGCCUCGCCAGGGCGCUGUGGCCGGCCGUGCUCUGUCACCUUCUUGCUGUCGCAUGUUGUCCUUUCACCUGCCACCUCUUCAGGGCUUGUCCUUGGAUCCCGGGGGUCUGGAUCUGGCCCUGAGGGAAGAGCUCCCUGCUGAGCACCAGGAACGUGCAGAGCCACUGCUCGUGCUGCAGAUUGAACGUCCAGUACCAAAGAGCAAAGCUCUGCUUUGCAAAGCACUGCCCCAGCCAGAAGCACCCAUGGGCUGCAGCAUCCCUGGUCCAGCAGCAUCCCUGGUCCAGAGCAUCCCACCUCGGCAGGUCCCGGGGAAACUGCCUUUUCUCCCUUGAAUCUAAGGAGCCUGGCAGGAAGUCUCCUGCAGGCAGGAAGCCUCCCCUCUGCUGUUGCUUUGCUCUGCCUUGAGCCAUCGAGGUAUUUCCUAGGAGUGGCACCAGGAUGUUUUCAAGGGAAAGACGUGAGACCUUCCCUGGCUGGGCCAUUCCUCACGGGGAGUCUCCUCUCUGGGCAGAGCACCGUGACCCCCCUGUCAAGGAUCAAGGACUGCCCCAGUGCCCUGUUUGCUGUUGGGAAGUGCUUCGGAUCAGUGUCUGCAGCGUUCAUGGGGUGCUGCAUUCCCUGACACGUUAAAAGCAUGGACCUGCCCUGCGUGACACACGUGUGGGCUCGUUCCAGAGGUUGCUCUGGGGUCUUGUCCUUGUGUCUCUCCCAUCUCCAGCCAGUAUCUGCCUCCUUGCAGCAGUCGGGGCUGUGGUUCCCUUCAUGGGACCUCCUUUACCUCACAGUGACACCAAAGAGCCCCGACUGCUGCUCCGGCUCUUCCCGCAGCUUUCCCUGGUCCCUCCCCAUUCCCACCUCUAUUUAAACUGUGUCCCACCCCGGCCCCGGCUCAUCCACUGGGCACUUGCUGAAUUCUCAGCAGGGAGAGAAAAGGGCUCUGGGAAAACCCAUUUCAGAGAGGCUGAAACUCAGGAAUAACGAGGAGGAAUCCUCCCACCGGGCCCCUCUGCCACCCGGAGGCUCCGACAUUGAUUUCCAAUAUAUGCAAUUCCCUCUUCCCCUCAUCUCUGGGAAGCCAGAGAGCACCUUCGAGGAAGCCCUUCCCUGCCCCGAUCCUGUGUUUUUGUCAGGAUUAAUAAUAUGUACCAAUAGCUUUUAACUAAAUUAUUAUGCAGUCGUCCCACUGCUGGGCUCUAUUUUGAAAUGAGGCCCAUUUCUUCUGCCCCUCCACCUUUUUGUUAGCACUUUUUAACCCGCUUGUCGUUUGCCUUUGGUUUUCUAUGUGUAUUUAUAAUGGAGAUGUAUAUAUGUAAAGAGAUUUUUUUUUUUAGAAUAUGUGCCUUUGACUAAUAAUUCCUGGAUUUUCUACCUGCCUUGGAAGGAGAAUUUUUUCAUUCUGCUCAGUAAAAAUGGAAAGGAAGCCACA